CCUCCUUUCUUCUCCCUUUCUCUUAACAAACACAAACAAUUAUACUUCUUCUCUAACCCACAGCGAUCAAGAAAAGAGAGUGUUCUAGGAUUCACAUAUAUUCCAAAUCUCUGCAAAAAGUUUAAACGAAAAUGUCGUCUAGCAGGAGGUCGAGACAAGCAAGCUCAUCAUCGAGGAUUAGCGAUGAUCAGAUCACUGAUCUUAUCUCAAAGCUCCGACAAUCUAUUCCAGAGAUUCGCCAGAACCGUCGUUCCAGCACGGUAUCAGCAUCGAAGGUGUUACAAGAGACUUGCAAUUACAUAAGAAACUUGAACAAAGAAGCCAAUGAUCUCAGUGAUCGUCUGUCUCAGCUUCUGGAAACCAUUGAUCCUAAUAGCCCACAAGCAGCCAUUAUUAGGAGCUUGAUUAAUGAAUAACUACGACAUACGCCUGAUUAGUUGUGCUUUAUAUAUCAUUUUAUAAUCUCGUUGUGAGGGUUAUCCAUCGGGGUCUCUUCUUAUUAUAUGUUUCUUAUAUUACAAGUCAACGUAGCCAGGGUUUAUAUUUGACCCUCUUUUGGUAAUUAACAUCACGCAUGCAACUAUUACGCUUUAAUUAUAAUAAAUCACAUUUUAAUUUA